AUGUCAAGGUAAGAGAGAUCUCCCUCCCAAGAAUCUUGCUCCCCCCACCCCCAAAUCCCUUCCCCCUCCAAGGAAAUAAUCACCUCACGUGAUUCUCACACGCAGCUGCUGCAACUGCAACAGCAGGCUACGCGGAUCUUACGGUUGGCAGAGUCCACUGUCCAUGUCCAGAAACUAACGAAUUCCCUAUAUGAUUUGAUCGCUUUCAUUGCGUAUUAUAGACUGGACCGACUUGUAACGUGAGUUUUACCCCUUUCCGUUAUAUUUUGGUUUUUCUAUCCCCGUUGUUCUACACCCCUUCCUUCCUUCCUUCCUUCCUUCCUUCCUUCCUUCUUUUUUUUUUCUUCUUUCUUUUUUUUUCUUGUUGCCUGCAUUGCACGGACAAAACUGUCAAACCUCCCGUGUGCGCAUUCGCAGCUGUUGCGUUAGCCUUUGCCAUUGUUUCUCUUUCCAUUCCUUCGGCUCCGACCAUGCCUUCUCUCGUUGCUGACUGUUUGCGGAGGUCAGACUCCUCGACUCCGGGUCGACGCAGUUGGUGCGCAACACCGCUGCGAGUCAGCUCGCGGAUGUCCAGAAGGCUCACCCCGAUGAACUCUUUAACUUGCUGAAUCGGAUCGUCCCAUACCUGCGUUCGAAGAAUUGGGAUACCAGGGCGGCUGCCAUAAAAGCCAUAUCGGGCAUUAUUGAGAACGCCGAUAGGUGGGAUCCUAAUGCGCUUGACGAUCCGAUGAAACCGGAGAAAGAGGGGGACGAUGAGGAAGGUCUUGGAGCUUUGAUGGGCGUGGCAUUUCUUGGGGUGGGGAGCGGCCUUCCCUCUGCUGGGGCUGAUGAUGUCUUGAACUUUGACACAUUGGAUAUUGCUACCGUGAUCAAGAAGGGCAAACGGCUGCUCGGGAGCUCCGGCAAGGAAUAUGAUUACUCUUUAGCGGACUUGGACCCGGCGGAGCGUUUGGCUGCACAGAAGAAGAAUGUCACGGCGAGGCUCGGCCUUGGUGGAGAGUACAUGGACGAGGAGAUUGUCAGCGAGAGGGAUUUUGCGACUGUUGGCCACACAGUGCAGACGCCUCGUAUCGACACUUCUGUUGGGGGAGCCUUCCGUCAGCCCAUGGCGUCGCCUGCCUUACAAUCUGCGAUGUCUCCUCAUUCCGGCUUUCCCGGCACGCCAAACGACGAAGCCGCCAGUGGCUUGAGUAGAAGGCAGCAGAAUGCACUUAAGCGGAGGAGGAAGCUUGAUGCCAAGAAUCAGGCAAACAAGGUUCGUGUGGUAGAUUUAGGGGCAUCAUCUCGUAGGAUGAGCGUGGAUGUGCCACAAACACCCGUCGAACCGUCGCCGCACCCUGUCAAGCAGGAGAGUAAUGGGGUUAAAGAUGCAGACUAUUUCUCAUUGGAUACCAAAGGCCCACCCGAUGAAACCAAGAUUGCCGUUGAGUUCACAGGCCCCAAGGCGCCACCAUCCCCGAUUAUUCAAACGUCUGGGGAAGGAUUUGAAUGGCCAUUCGAGCGUCUUUGCGAGUUGCUGCUGGUAGAUAUGUUCGACCCUAAUUGGGAGAUUCGACAUGGCGCGGCGAUGGGAAUCCGUGAAGUGGUGAGGGUCCAUGGUGCUGGAGCCGGGAGGGAGCGGGGUAAAUCUCGUAAAGAGAACAAUGCCCUGAACUGGAAGUGGCUCGAUGAUCUGGCGUGUCGUCUUUGCUGUAUUUUCAUGCUGGACCGUUUCGGCGAUUAUGUGGCUGACACUGUAUGUGACCCCCCCCACGGCCCGGUUUUGUAGGUUGGGUGCUGAUUGUGUACCGGCAUAGGUUGUUGCUCCGAUUCGCGAAUCGACCUCUCAAACAAUGGGUGCAUUACUAAUUCACCUCCCACCGCCAUCUGUUCAUGCCGUGUAUCGGGUUUUGUACCGCCUGGUAAUGCAAGAGGAUCUCAACCUUGCGCACCCGAUAUGGGAAGUGUGUCAUGGCGGGAUGUUGGGGCUGAAGUAUCUGGUUGCGGUCCGAACAGAUCUAUUGAUGAAAGACAAUGAACUAUUGGAUGGUGUAGUUAGAGCAGUCAUGAGGGGACUGGGAGAUCAGGACGAUGAUGUCAGAGCCGUUAGUGCUGCUACCUUGAUUCCUAUAGCCGCAGAGUUCAUAUCUUUGCGACCAAAUGCUGUGGAUGGGUUAAUUAAUGUUGUCUGGGAAUGUCUUUCGCAUCUUAAAGACGAUCUUAGCGCCAGUACUGGGUCUGUUAUGGACUUGCUAGCUAAACUGUGCUCAUUCCCUCAAGUUCUAGAAGCCAUGAGAGUCAAGGCUUCGACGGAUCCAUCGUGAGUUUUUUCGACUCUGGUUUGCUGUGUUAUUGUUGCUAAUCGGUCAUAGGCAAUCAUUCGCCUUGCUCGUUCCUCGGCUUUAUCCGUUCUUACGUCAUACCAUCACAAGCGUGCGGACUGCUGUUUUGCGGGCGCUUCUAACGUUCUUGAAUAUUCAAGGUGAUGGGACAAAGGGCUGGGUUGAUGGCAAGAUUUUGCGGCUCAUUUUCCAGAAUUUGCUUGUGGAAAGAGUAGAGGUAGGUGCGAUAUAUUUCGCUUUUAAUCAUGGACGACUAACGAUGACUAGUCCGUACUAUCCCUGUCGUUACAAGUAUGGAUGGCAUUGACCGAGGAGCUCGCGCGGGAUGACCCUGCUCGUUUCGUAGCCGAGUUUGGCCCUCACCUGGAUCCGUUGCUUAUUCUCCUCACUACACCUGUUGGUGUUUCGCGCCAUCCGCAACCCAUGGAUCCUUCCUUGUUUAUUCGACCUUCCGGGCAAACUAUGGUCCUUCCGGGUUUGAUGAGGGGCCCUUCGCCUUCGCAGCCGGCACAAGAGCCUGCGACCAAGCGGCGUCGCAAGAACGAAAAGAAGGAGGAACCGGCUGCGUCGCCGCAUAAUGUUGAUGGUCACAUGAUACAUGGGGAUAUCGAUCUUGUAGGCGUGGAGACAAUCAUUAAGACUAAGAUUGCUGGUGCGACGGCUUUGGGCAAAGCCAUUAGCCUGUGGCCAAGAGAAGAUGCAAUCCGUACAUUCGAACCUAGGCUUGUUCCGCUAUUGCAGUCACCUCACUCUACGACUCAAUUGGUGACGGCAAUGAUAUUUGAGGAAUAUGCAAGGAUAACCUCCGAGGUUACAGAUUUGAAAGCACAAUUCUUGGCGGCUCUCACCAACUUUCUUAACUCGGAGAGGCCUUCCUCUUACCGCGACAUUGUGUCUUAUAUGCACAUUGUACAAGCUCAAUGCCGAUCCUUGCUUAAUGCUUUCCGAGACGUUGGUAAUGUGUCAUCCUCGAGGAUUCCAACUAUCGCUGCGGUGUGUCAAGGGGAGCCAGAAGCGGGUCCCGAUGCAUUCAGUAUUGAGAAGGCGGAGAAGAUUGUUGGCGAUGAUUUUGCUCGGUUGAAGCGGGCUUUGGCCCCAGCCCAGAAACUCAUGUCAUCACAGGCCCUCGCUGAUGCUAAGGGGGUUGCCAUAGCGGCCAUUGAAGAGGCUAAGGCUGCAAAGGCGCAACGUGAUGUUCGUGUCCUGGCAGCAGCUGCUGGGGCGUACAUAGCUUCUGGUCAACUCCCGAAGAGGCUGAAUCCGGUUGUGCAUGGUGUGAUGGAAAGUGUUAAGCUGGAGGAGAACAUUGAUCUACAGCGGCGGUCUGCAUUAUCGAUCGCCGCACUUGUGGGCAUCUGUGCUCGGAGCGGUCGUACAGCUGUUGCGGACAAACUGACUAAGAAUCUCAACUCUUUUCUUUGCCUGGAUGUCUCCGAAGUGCCGAUCUUUCAUCAACUUGAGGAUCUGGAGGAUAACAUACUCUCUCUUCGGAAGGAGGAAGACCUCAAAGAUCACACUAACCAGGCUGAUUUUGAACGAGAGGCGAAGGAGGCAAAGGUUAAGAGGAGAGGGGCCAAGGAGGCCCUCGAGCAGCUUGCGACUACCUUUGGGGCUUCACUGUUUGAGGCGGUACCAAAACUUAGGGAUUGCAUUGAAACACCGCUUCACGUUGCCUUCGAUGGUGACUUGCCGACAGAUAUCAAGGAUCCUAGUGUUACCCUGGGCCAGGAGGUUGUUGACGGACUAUCUACCAUCCGUGCACUCCUUCCUCGGUUCCAUCCCGACCUGUAUCCUACCGUAGGUUUCCUUAGCCAGCCUUUGCGACCGAAAGCUCACUUAGUUUUCAGAUAAUCGGGCUUUUCCCAUUGAUCGUCAAAGCACUCCAAUCACACUUUACUGUUUUACGGUAUGCCGCCGCGAAGUGUUUUGCGACUAUUUGCAGUGUCAUAACUAUCCCUGGGAUGACGGCGCUGGUACAGCAGGUCCUCAAGAUGUUUGAUAACGCGCAUGAUCUGAAGUGCCGACAAGGGUCUAUAGAAUGUGUUUACCGUAAGUCCCGCUCCGGGGGUGUGGCGGGCUCGCAGGUUGGCUAAUCUCAUUAGAUUUGAUUCAUGUGAUGGAAACUGAUAUUCUCCCUUAUGUUGUUUUCUUGAUCGUGCCCGUUUUGGGCAGGAUGAGUGAUCCUGACAAUGAUGUUCGUCUUAUUGCUACUACGGCAUUUGCCACGCUUGUUAAGCUAGUUCCUUUGGAGGCCGGCAUUCCCGAUCCUGUUGGGUUACCGGCCGAGCUUUUGGAGGGCAGGGCAACUGAGCGGAAGUUCAUCUCACAAAUGCUUGAUAUUCACAAGGUCGAACCCUUUGAGCUACCUGUCGCGAUUAAAGCUACAUUGAGAUCCUACCAACAGGAAGGUGUUAAUUGGCUUGCUUUCUUGAACAAGUUCAAGCUUCAUGGAAUUCUUUGCGAUGGUGAGUUUGAAAGAUGGCUACUUUUGGGAUCGUUGACUAACGGUUUGAUAGACAUGGGUCUUGGGAAAACACUCCAAACAAUCUGCAUUAUUGCCAGUGAUCACUACCUCCGCAAGGAAGAGUUUAAGGCUACCGGAAAUCCUGAUGUGCGCCGUAUGCCUUCUCUUAUCAUUUGCCCACCCACUCUUUCGGGCCAUUGGCAACAGGAGAUUGCACAGUUCGCACCUUUCCUCACGGCUCUGUGCUAUGUCGGUAGUCCUACCGAGCGUGCUCGGGUUCGCAGCCAACUUGGUACCACAGAUAUUGCCAUCACUUCGUACGAUAUCUGUAGAAACGAUAUUGAUAAUAUUAGUCAAUAUAAUUGGAACUACUGCGUCCUUGAUGAGGGCCAUAUUAUCAAGAAUUCCAAAGCCAAGUUGACACAAGCAGUCAAGAGGGUCCAGGCCAACCACCGAUUGAUCUUGUCUGGAACGCCUAUUCAGAAUAACGUCCUGGAACUAUGGUCACUGUUUGACUUCCUCAUGCCAGGUUUCCUUGGCACCGAAAAGGUGUUCUUGGAUCGAUUUGCCAAGCCGAUCGCCGCGAGCAGGAACAGUCGGAGCAAUAGUAAAGAGCAGGAGGCGGGUGCUUUGGCUAUCGAAGCUUUGCACAAGCAGGUGUUGCCAUUCCUACUUCGAAGACUGAAGGAAGAGGUAUUGGAUGACCUGCCGCCAAAGAUUAUCCAGAAUUACUACUGUGAGUUGAGCGAACUGCAGAAGAAGCUCUACGAUGACUUUGCCAAGAAACAAUCCAAAACGAUUGUAACUGAGGUAGGGCAAGAGGGAGACAAACAGGCCAAGCAACACAUCUUCCAGGCUCUACAGUACAUGCGAAAGUUAUGCAAUUCCCCAGCCCUUGUUCUCAAUGAAAAACACCCUCAGUUCGAGAGGGUGAGUAAGCAAUUGGCAAAGGACAAAUCGAGCAUUCGAGACCCUGUCCACGCGCCGAAAUUAGGUGCACUGAAGGAUUUGUUAACCGAUUGCGGGAUCGGUGUUGAGGAUUCUGGUGCUGGCAGCGACAACCCAACCGAGACCAAUGCAAUCAGUCAGCAUCGUGCGCUCAUCUUCUGCCAACUCAAGGAGAUGUUAGAAAUUGUAGAGAAUGAUGUUCUCAAAAAGCUGCUGCCAAGUGUUUCCUACCUGAGAAUGGAUGGUGGUACCGAAGCCCGAAAGCGUCAAGAUAUCGUUACUAAAUUUAAUGGCGAUCCAUCUAUCGAUGUUCUGCUCUUGACCACCCAUGUCGGAGGUUUGGGUCUCAACUUGACGGGGGCGGAUACCGUCAUUUUUGUCGAACAUGACUGGAAUCCGCAAAAGGAUAUGCAAGCCAUGGACCGUGCCCAUCGUAUCGGCCAGAAGAAGGUUGUGAACGUCUACCGCCUCGUCACUCGCGGAACGCUGGAAGAGAAGAUUAUGAGGUUUGUCCUAUACACGCUAAUACUUUGGGGAGUGACUAGUGACUAAUUGUCAACCCGCAGCCUUCAACGCUUCAAAUUAGACGUAGCGUCCACCGUCGUCAAUCAACAAAACGCCGGAUUGGCAACUAUGGAGACGGACCAAAUCCUUGACCUCUUCAACGUGGGCGACAUGGAAGCCGUAUCGAAACCUGCGACAGAGGAAGACAUGGUUGAUGACACCACCGGAAAAGUCAUCACGAAGGGCAGCAAGAAGCUUCUGGAUGGUAUCGGAGAACUCUGGGAUGACUCGCAGUAUAAUGAUGAGUACGAUCUUAAUAAUUUCAUUGCUACUUUGCAGUCUUGAGCACGGGGAAACGGGGGGACGAAAUGGAGUAGGGGUAAUGAAUGGGAUUAUGAGCGAUGGGUGUGAUUUUUUCUCUUCCCACCCUUCUCCCCAGUUACUCUUACUUUUUAGUGAUGCAUUGUUUCUAUUUUUUUCUUUUGUCCCUUCUUUUUCUUUGUUACAAUUCGAUUCGCUUCACGAUGUAUAUUAUUUAAAGGGGAGACGAAGAAGAAGAAGGGUAUUCGGAAUUAUGGAUGGGGUGUGUUGAUGGUUUGUCGUACUUGGCUUCUUUCUCUCCUCUUUUAUGAUUCUUUUUUUUUUCUUCUUUUCUUCUCUGAGAUUAGGGCUCGAUUGACAGCGCAAAAGCAAGAUUUAGUCAUAGUUUUAGGGCAUUCAUGGGAUUUUUUUUUGUUUUGACAAUUUUUGUGAAGCAGGGUGCAUUUGGGUAAAGAAAAGUGGGUAGUUUUCCGAAGGGAGAGGGUUGCUGCUGGCGGUGGGUUAGGUUAGAGGUGUUUUUUUUUUUCUUCCUUCUUUUUUUUCUUUUUCGGAAUAACAAAUAAGGGAUAUCAUGAGAAUAAAAAAAUAAAAAUAAAAGGCAGAACAGGGAGACGGUAUAUCUUAUACCGUGGUCGGGGACUUGUGGGUGGGGGUGAGGGAAGAAGGGGAAAAGGAGGGAAGGAGGGAAGGAGGGAUUUUAAAGAGUGGAAAUGGAAAUGAGAAGUUUGUAUACAGUAUAUAUAUAUAUUUGACGUAUUUGUUCUUGAUGGGAAACUAGCGGUGGAGGAGGUUGGGUUCCCUUGUAUUGUAGAUAUUUGUCGUAUGAUUGCUCUCUGCAAAAGCUAGUAAUCAAAGUGCGCUGGAAGCUGGUCUGGUUCUUGUUGAUUGGCCAUGCACAUACACUAUAUUACUACA